AUGGAACUGACUUUGGAUAAUGAGAAAUUUCUGAGACCAUCUUAUAUGAAUAGUGAGGAACUGCCUGAAAGAACAGGACCAGUAGAUGUGGAAGACAUUAAAACAGAUCUCUCUUCCGAAUUUUCUUUGGUUUCUUCAAGCUCAGACACAAGCCAGAGGAGAAGUUUGACGACUAAGGGACACAUACAAGUUUGUCUGCGUAUUAGGCCAUUUACAUCGUUGGAAAGAGAAAAUGAAUUGCAGGACUACAUUUCAAUUGAAGACUCAACAAGCAUCAUACUGAAGCCUCCAAAAAACUAUUUGAAUCGACUAAGUGAAAAAACUGCUGGACAGAAGUUCACUUUUUCACGAGUAUUUGGACCUGAAACAACUCAAGAAGAAUUCUUUGAAGGUACCAUGAAGCAACCAGUGCAAGAUUUCUUGGAUGGAUAUAAUCGCCUUAUUUUUACAUAUGGAGUUACAAAUGCUGGGAAAACCUACACGUUCCAAGGGACAGAAGAUGAUGUUGGUAUUCUGCCAAGGACUAUGGAUAUGUUGUUUAAAAGUAUUCAAGGAAAGCUAUACACAGCAAUGGAUCUCAAGCCCCAUCGGUGCAGAGAUUAUAUAAAGCUGACUAAAGACCAAGUGAGAGAAGAAACUACUAUUAAAAAUUCCCUACUUCGCCUAAUGAAAGAGGCAGACUAUCAAAAUAGCGCUAACAACAAAGCACCAGUUGAGUCUAAUGAUUUAGAAGAAGGCCUAAAAGACUUGGAAGAGACUAGCACAACUGUGAAAAAUGACAUCAAGUUUUCAGUUUGGGUUUCAUUUUUUGAGAUUUACAAUGAAUGUUUUUAUGAUCUACUGAUUCCUGUAGCAAAUGACAAGAAAAGAAAACCACUACGCCUUGCUCAAGACAUCAAGGGAUGUUCUUAUGUAAAAGGUGUGCAGUGGGUUCAGAUUUCUGAUGCUAAAGAAGCUUUUAGACUUCUGAAACUGGGAUUGAAACACCAGAGUAUUGCAAGCACGAAACUAAAUGCUUGCUCCAGCAGAAGCCACAGUGUAUUCACAAUUAAGUUACUAAAAAUUGAAGAUUCAAGAGCACCACUAGUGACCCGAGUCAAUGAAUUGUCAAUGUGUGAUCUUGCUGGUUCAGAAAGAUAUACCAAGACCCACAAUGAAGGUGAUAGACUGAAAGAGAGUGGAAAUAUAAACACCUCUCUCCUGAUUCUAGGCAAGUGUAUUAAUGCACUCAAGAACUGUCAACAGUCAAAGUUGCAACAGCACAUACCCUUUCGAGAGAGUAAGUUAACUCAUUUCCUUCAAGGAUUCUUCAGUGGAAAGGGGAAGGUAUACAUGAUGGUAAACAUAAGCCAAUGUGCUUCAGCAUAUGAUGAAACAUUCAAUGUGCUAAAGUUCUCGGCCAUUGCACAAAAAGUUGUAGUUAUGGAUUCAUCUGUUCUUCAAGAUCAGUCGUUUGGCCAGAAAUCAGCAGGAGAAUCAUCACUACCUAAUGACACAAAAAUUCCAAUCCCAAGACAAAGAGCUACUAUCCUAUGGGACAGGAGCUUAGAAGAUGUGAUUGAAGAUGAUAAUGAUGAGAUGGAGGAACAGCAUAAUAUGUCAAGAGAAGAAGCAGUCCAGAAACAUGAAGAAAAUGAAGUUGUUAUUGGAGAGGAGCGAUAUAUGGCGAUGGUGAAUCUCAUACAAUAUUUGAAGGACAAACUUAUUGCUGAAAAGAAGAAUAAGCUACUUCUGGAACUAAAAAUUCGUGAAGAAGUGACACAAGAAUUUACCCAAUAUUUUGCUGAGCAGGAAAUGGAUUUCAAAGAGCACCUUUUAUACGAACGGGAACGACUUGAAGAAAAUUCUGAAAUACGCCUGGAAAUCUUUAAGGAGCUUGUAAAUGGUUAUACUAAAAAUGCAGCUGAAGAAAAUAAUUUAAAGGAUCAGCCUUGCAGUGAGCAAGCUGGACCUCUGGAUGAAGAACAUAGCAUGGAGCCAGGAACCUUUAUUGAUCCUAACAGCAUUAUUGAUUCUCUUCAGAAUGAUGUCAUUAAUAUCAAAAAGCAGGCAGAAGAAACACACAGAUAUGUUGUGUCCCUAAAAGACCCACAGAAAGCUAUAGAUUGGCUUGAAAAACUGCUGGGAGAAACUACCACUAAACUAGCUAAGACCAAAGAAGAGCUGACAAAGAAAACCAAAGACUUUGAAAGGCAGAUGACUGAAUUGGAUGAGUCUGCUAAGCAGCUUAAAGCAGCAACUAAGAAAAUGAAUACACAGAAUAAAAGAAUUCAAGAACUAAUGGUCAUUGUGGAGGAAAAAGAUUGUAUUAUUGUAAGACUGGAAGAUUUGAUAUCCCAUUUAGAAGAGACCAUAAAAGACUAUGAUAACACUGUAACUGUCAUUAAAAGACAAUUGGCAGAACAGGAAUCUAACGAAGUGACUGAAAGCAGCCAACUCAUAGAUUGUGAGCAACCUGCACUGGAAAUGAGAAGAAAACGUUGCUUUGAAGAUAAGCCUACUGUGGAAGAAGAGCCACCUGCAAAGAAAGGAGAUAUGAGGGAAAGUUGUGGAGAUGACUCUCUAGAGCAAGAGAGAACUGAAUCCAUGAAAACAAAUGAAUCCAUGAAAACAAAUACUUGUGAGAACUCUGCAGAAAUACUAGCACUGAAGGAAAGAAAUGAAGCCUUGGAAAGUCAGCUAGCUGUACUUGAAGAACAAUGCAGAAGAGAAAAAGAAGAGUUCCAUGGGCAGAUAAUAAACUUGAAUCUCAAGCUCUCAGCUUCUGAAGAAAGGGCUUCUGGCUUAAGUGAGGAACUUCAGCAGUGUCGAGCUGACUAUCAGGAGAUUGUUUCUGAAUUGAGCAAAGAGAAAACUACAAAUAGGGAACAAGAGGAAAAGAUUAUUCAGCUAAAUAACGAAGUAGAAAGUGCUAAACAACAUAUAAUUGAUAAAGUGUCACAAAUUAAAACACUGCAGUCCAAAGUAGAUGAGCUGUAUAAAUGCCACUUAGAGUCUUAUGCUAUGGAUAUUGAUUUAGUAAAUCUACAGGAUUCUGUAUAUUCUCAAAAAGAUGAACCAGAGAGUCCUCAAAUAAGUCUCGUAUGCAUGCAGUCCCAAACUGCUUCUGCAGGCGAUCUGAGAAGUGAGAACUCCUUUUACUGCAGUGUUGAAAGCAUUUGGGAAGAAUGCAAAAAUAUUAUUAGGGUCUCUUCACAAAAAAGUAAGCAAAUUCAAGAACUGGUUCAACAAGUUGAAGACUUAAAGAAGGAACUUCAUGACACUGAAAAUUACAAUAAUCAGCUAAAAAUAAAAUUAAAUGAGACUGCAAAUCAAGAUCAUCAGUCUGUAAAGGAAAAAUAUCUUAUGAAUCAGUUACAAGAGCAAAUCCAGAAAACCCAGGAUUUUGAAAAACAGGCUGCAGAAGGUCACAGAGUAAUUGUACAGUUUGAGGAGGAAGUUACCGGCUACAAAGGAAAAAUAAGAGAGCUUGAAUGCCUCGUGGAGGCUUUUAGAGCUGAAGAUAAAAGCAUAAGAAAGUUAGAAGAAGUACUUAAAGAAAAAGAAUCUAUUAUUUUAAAUCUAGAAAGUAAUACUGUAGCUCUGCAAGAGAAAUGUGCCAAUUCAGACAAAAACCUGAAAGAAUUAAAUCAUCAAGAAGCAAAUCUAAAGGAGGAGGUUGUGCAGUUGAUGAACAGCUUGGAGAAAAUGAAACACUCUCUUCAGGAAAAAGAGAAAAAUGAGGAUGAGCAAAUACAAGCUAUAGAAUCGCUACGUAAAGAUCUUUCUGAGAGUUCUGACCUCGUAUGGAGUUUGAGAAAAGAUUUGCAGAGGAAAGAGGAAGAAUAUACAGAUUUGAAAGAGAAAUUUUCUGAUGCCAAGAAACAAAUUCAGCAAGUACAAAAAGAGGUGAACAUAAUGCGAUCUGACGAAAAAUACCUCAGGAACAAAAUUGAUGAACUUCAGAAACUUAAAAACCGGUUUAGUGAAGAAUUAGAGAUCAAACAGCGCACAAUCCAGCAACUUAAAAACGAGCAGUUGAAUAAUGCGAAGCUGGAAGAAAUCUCCAAACAAUAUGAGAAGACACGUAAAGAUCUGUGUGCAAAGGAAAAAAUAAUUGAAGAUAUGCGGAUGACACUAGAACAACAGGAGCAGACCCAGACUGAACAAGAUCGGGUGCUUGAAGCCCAACUAGAAGAGAACAACAUAUUAGUUUUGGAACUGGAAGCAUGGAAAGAGAAAUAUAGAGGGCUGAAUAACCAGAGCGAUGGUGACUGGCAGCAAAAGAUGGGCAAAAAUGAGGAGAAAAACAUAAAUGAAAAUGAAGAAUUAAUAAAGCUGCAAAAAGAACUGAAGGAAAAUGAGACAAAGUAUCAAACUGAUAGAAAGAAGUGGCUGGAGGAAAAGAUGGGACUCGUAAGUCAAAUAAAAGAAGCUGAGAGCCAUUGCAACAGAGAAAUGAGAAAACACAGAGAACAUCAUGUAGAACAACAAGCAGAAAUUGAAAAACUUGCUGCACAGCUGGUAGAAAAGGACAGCAGUCUUCAAAAAUGGCGUGAAGAAAGAGAUAAAUUAGUAGAAGCUUUGGAAGUACAGCUCAAGACUUUAGCUUCUAACUCCUUACAAAAAGAUAAAGAAAUAGCAGAACUAAAACUGACUGCUCUAAAGGAUUCAGAAAAGGAUAAGGAAACUGAUAUAGAACAACUAAGAAAACAACUGGAUGAGAAAGAUGACUUUAUAAAGGAAUUGAAACAACGCAUUAACCAUGAAAGUCUACAGUCUUUGGCAGAAGUACCUUUACCUGAAGAAGGACAAGAUAAAAUAGAUCAGUCUGUGAACAAAGAGGACCAUUCAGAAAUUGUCCUUGACUCUUCUGAAGUGUCCACAGAAAAUGGAAAAACUAGUCGGUUCCCCAAACCAGAGAUGGAAAUCCAGUUCACACCUCUGCAACCCAAUAAGAUGGAGGUGAAGCACCAGGACAGCACAUUGUCAGUUGUGCUUAAAAUGUUCAAGCCAGGAGAGAAAAGGAAGAGUGAAGAGAUGGAGGAGGAUUUUGUGAAAAGUAAGAAGAAGAAGAAAAAUGCAGAACCUGCUAUGACCAAUUCACCUUCUACAAGCAACAAGAAAAUGAUGUCUACUACACAGUCGUUGAGAAAAGAAUAUGCCUUAAGAAAGCAUGACUCUACUUCAAGUAAUAAGUCAAGUAAAAAGAAAGAUAGAACACUCCAAAAGAUCGGAGAUUUUUUCCAAAGUUCUCCUAUUUUUCACUCUAAAGCAAAGAACCUGAUUGCGACAAUAAGCUCUCCUAAGCCUGCAGAGCCAGAAAGUGUGAAAGAAAAUGAGCUCAAGCCAAAAAGAACUAGGAGAAAGCUGUAUUCAGCUGACAUUUCUUGCCCUCUAGAUAUUCCUGCUUCUUCAAUCCUUAUAGAACAAAAGGAGAAGGAAAGUGAUCACCUAAUCAUCAAGCGACGGCUACGAUCAAGAACAGCUAAAUAA